UUCAAGUCCUCCAAUCUAUUUGAAUUAUUUUAUAUAUAUUUGUUUUAUUACUAUUUUCAUUCCAAGUAUUUUCUCUUAUUUUAAAAGAACUUUGCAAAUUUUGAUUAUGAAAACAAAAGUGGAACAAUAUGGAUAUUACCAACAUUACUUGUGAUUUUUUGUAAUCUAUGGGUGAGCACGAUAUGUUUUCAUGAAAUACCAGCAUAACAGUUUAGAAAAGAAAACACAAAGUGAAAAUCCUUGGGGAAUUUUGUUGUUCAUAACCUCUGAUGUGAUUAGAGAAAUCCUCUCUCUUUAUUUAUAGUACCAAUUUCGGUUGCUUUGAACGUGAGACUUCACUGACCGUGCUUUCCUGGCAUCUGACGAAAUUACGAGCACUUUCCAUGCGUCAGACGCUGCGUAGUCUGUAGGAGGGGACUGUACGUGUGCUACGUGAUGUACGGAGAGUGACAGCUGCAGUGUCCAAUCGCGGCGCCGCUUUACGUUACGCUUGUUUAUUUUAACGGAUGGUGUUGCAAUAUCGAGACAUUUACCUUUACUACACCAACGACAACACAUCAGAGAAACAUGGAGAAGAUAGAUGGAAAAUUUUGACGAAGGAGAUCGCAUAAUGGCGCAAACUAGCCAGAAAAUGAAGCGACAGUACAUCGCCGCAUAUCGGUCACUGACAAAUACGAGAAAUCUGCUGGUUUUUGACGAGGAAUACCAGAAUACGUGAGGACUUUUGGACAUAACCGUCGUUAUCCGCGGGGAAGAAAGAAGUAAAAAAUGGCUACGAUUCGUGGUGCCGAGAAGGGUUCUGAACGGACGUCGAUGGAGAGGUUCGGUAGCGGAGGGAUGGCGCUUCUACCUUGGACUAAACAGAUGCUCACCGUGCUGUGGGAACAGCUUCGGCUGCUGGUUCAGGUCAUUUACUACACCUUCAUGUCAGUUUUCCAGAUGUUCCGGUUAGAGGUCCACCUGAGAAUCACAGACGAGACUGGUCAGCACAUCCAGCACAUGACUGCAGCCAGCCAGACUGACGCCUUUCUGUUCUCCUCGCUGUUUGACGGCGAAAACGGCGUGAUGGUUGGAGGUUCAAACCCCCUUUCUAACUUCUGUGCUGACGUCGGCGACCCGUUCACUGGGAAAUCCACCGCUGAGGCUCUGCUGUCCGGUCUGCGAGCCGACGACCUUUGCUGCGGAUUAGUGGACGACUUUGUGUCCAGAACAACUGGCAAGGAAGACAGCAUCUUUCUGGGACACCAAUCCAGCUGGAAGAUGGGUUUCCCUGGUGACUGGAACAUCUUUUUGUCGAGCAGUGACAGUUCAAACGACGGCUGUCACAAGAACUGUGAGAAAAUCUUCAAACAGGAUUUUUCAAAGGAGAAGGUUUUCAAACAGGACACAUCAGAGGAGGAGAGGAGCUCUCACUGGAGUAACGAGGAAGAUCAGAACGUCGUAGAGUUUGACAGCGAGGAAAGUAAGGCGCUUUGGGAGUCUCUGUCAAGAUCCAGUGAUCCUUACAACCCUUUCUUUUUCUCUGCCUGCAUUUCAACAAAGACAAACAUGGGGAAAAACAAAAGCGAAGUGAAAGAAGGCAGCUCUACUGACGUCAUGUCAGUGAGCAAAGCCACUGAGGAGAUGCUGGGGCCUCGAGGUCUGAACAUCUGGAUCAGCCGCUCCGACAGCGAGAGCAGCUGGAGUAGCUGGACCAGUUCAGACAGCUCGAGCCCCGACAUCGACAAGGAGGAGAGCGAGAGGCUGCUGGAGUUCUUCGGCAGUCCUGAUGACCCCUACAAUCCCAUGUGUUUCACUGCCUGCACUGUCAGCAACACAUUACCUAAAACCACCAACACCAGCACAGUCACUAAACCCUUACCAUCUAAAUCGGACACAGACACUGAGGAGAAGACGAGCAGCUUUCCUCCUUCAUCUGAGGAUGAUGAAGAAGAGCAGCAUCUGUGGAAAUCUCUCAGCUUAAAGGAUGACCCGUACCACCCUCUUAACUUUCAAGCCUGUCUCCAGAGCUCCCCUACAACACCAGCGCCCCAGUUUGGAAAAGUCCCAGCUCCCCUAGACUCUCAAACUCCUCCAACCAAGAGCAAAAAAAGUGAAAAAGAGGCCAAAACACUCCAAAAAUUCAAAGCUAGAAAGCCCACUCUGCCACAGAGGGAGUUAAAACAUCACUCUCAUCCAGACAAAAUUCUGGUGCCCUGGAAAAGACCCGGACAGGCACCUCCAGCAUCACCACAGGAGAGGAAGGACAAGGCCAGCACCACCCAGAAAAAGGUGCAAUUUUCUCCUCUCGUCCACGUCCACGUCAUGCACACCUGGCCGUUUGCCCAGCAGGCAUCUCGCAAAGGAUGCUGGGAAGAAAUGGCACGAGACCGGGACCGCUUCCGGAGGCGUAUCCAGGAAACAGAGACUGCUAUCGGGCACUGCUUCACCCAGCCACACAGAGAGAAGAUCCGGGUGUUCCUGGACGGUGCCUUGAAAUAAAAAAACAAAAACAAACAAAUCUCUGAACACUGAAUGUUUGAUUUCCUGUUCGGAUGAGAACUUGUGAUUGGUUGCAAUGCAACAGUGAUUUUUGAUUUAGGCCAAUUAGAAAAAUGGAUGUUAGGCCAACUUUGAUGUUCGGUGUCCAGUUGAACAACCUUGUACCUCGGAGGUUUUUUACAUUGUGUGCACUGACUGACACUUUCUUCUAUUAACCUCAGCAUUACUGUGUGGAAUGUUGUUUUUGUAUGCCUUAUAUACUGACCUAGUAAUGUAACUUCUUUAUGCCCUAUGGAGCUUUUCCUUUAUUUUUACCUCUUUGUAUCGUGUUUUGAUAUGUGUGAACAAUCCAGAGUGGUGAUCUAGAAGUCAAAUUAUCCUUUACAAACAGAGUUUUAUGGUACAAGGUUUGUUUUGCUUUAGCAUGAUGGAUACGACUUAAAAGUCCUGGUGCAAUUCUGGUCUUAUUGUUCAAAUCUUUUAGUUUUGAUAUUGUUGUUUUGUCUUGUAUUUUUAAUUUAAUGGCACGUAGCAGCCUUUACGCACUGAAAAUGGACAUGGACUCGUUUAUUGUGAUGAUGACUUGAAAUAUCAAACAUUCUCAGCUUUUCAUGGCAACAACAUGUAGCCAAAAAUAAAAAAAAAUGUUGGAUUGAAAAAAAACAAACCAUUUGUAGCAGAUUUUGUCAGAAGGUGCUUUGUUAAAUCAAUAAAAUUUGUCACAUA